CAAAACCAGAGGGACAGAGUCUGCCCUCAGCUGCUGGAAUAUAAAAGCGUCGUUUUUUUUCCCCGUCUCAAGUUUUCUCUGGAUGCUAACUACUAGCCUAGCUAAACAUGACGUCAGAACUAUUCUCCUUUGAAAUUCCGACUUUGUUCCGUAUGCAACAGGUGGCUCCGUGGCGCAAUGGAUAGCGCAUUGGACUUCUAGUCAAGCACUUGAGCAGUGAUUCAAAGGUUGUGGGUUCGAGUCCCACCGGAGUCGCAUUUUUUUCCCGUUAGAUUUGCAAACAUGUUUUUUUUUUUUCCCCAAGUCCAGCUAGUUUGUUUAAUCAGCUACCUACUUUAAACUGAACAUCGAAACAACUUUGAUAAACUACAACCUUAACAGCUAGAUGUUAUAAAAAAGCAUAUAUUCCUCUGAACCACUAGAUGGAGGCCUUGUGCAGUGAGUCAAUCGUCUGGCAUCAGUGAAGCUUCAGCUGUAACCAUUCAUUCCCAACAUAAAGAGAGGAGGAAGCAAACAGGCAGAUUCAAACGGGAACUGAGAGUUGGAGCAGCUGGAAGUUUUAAGUUCAUCGGAUCAUGGAGGUGCUGAGAACAUCUGUAGCCUUUCUGCUGUACUUGGCUUCCUCUGCAGCGGGACCGUUACGAUGUGAGAAGAAGGUUCUCCGUCUGGAAGCGGAGAUCCAGGGCCUGAUGAGUGUGAUCAAUGACCAGCACCGCUACAUCCAGGAGCUCCAGAGCAGCCAGGCGCAGCAGCUGCAGCACAUCCCCAACAUGUUCCUGGGCGACAACAACCUUUACAAAGACUGCUCAGAGGUGUUUGCAGACGGGAACGUGGCCAGCGGUCUGUACGUCAUCCGUCCAGAUGGUUCACCCACGGCGCUCAGCGUCUACUGCGAUAUGAGCAACGGAGGAGGAUGGACCGUCUUCCAGAGGAGGAGGGACGGGAAGGAGAGCUUUGACAGGACGUGGUUGGAGUAUAGCCACGGCUUUGGAGAUCUCUUCUCCCCUGAAGGAGAAUUCUGGUUGGGAAACGAUCCUCUGCACCGCCUCACCUCACAAGGAACCUACGAUCUGCACAUCGACACUGAGGACUUUGACGGCAACCACCGCUUUGCAGAAUACAAGAACUUCCGAGUGGACGACGAGAAGGACCAGUACCAGUUGCACGUGGGAGACUACGUUGGGAACGCUGGAGACGCUCUGGCUGAUGCUCGCAGCCUGAACUUCAACAGCCCCUGCAAAGGAGGGAUCAAAUUCAGCACCUACGACCAUCCCAACUACAUCGACAGCGACAGCGGCCGCUGCAUGCGGCACAGCAAGUCAGGCUGGUGGUUCUGCAAGUGUGACUCAGGGAACCUGAAGGGGCAGGGCUUCAAAGGGCCGUUCGAAGCGAUGAGCGACGACGGCAUGGAGUGGUACGUUUGGCACGGCUGGAGCUACGCCAUCAAGUCGGUGGUGAUGAUGGUGCGGGCCGCCGACCUGGAGAACCCGCCAGCUGUCAUCGAGCGUUGGCCUGAUCAGUUUCGCCCAAACACGGUGGAGGGCGGCCCGUAGGUCGGAGGACGGGCUUCUUCCUGUUUGUAAUAAAAACCAGCCUGCUUCACAGCAUCCUGUCGUACGGGUUUUAUUCUGAGGCAGAAACAAAGCAGAACGCCGCACAACAUGGCGUUCAGGUCGACAGACAGCAGGGAGACGCCGAGACAACAAAACAUGGAGGGAAACGAUUGACGAUGAAGAACAGGUUUAAAAAAAUUGAUAUUAGAGGAAUAUAGAAAUAGAACUUUGGAAAACUUCUCAAUUAAAACAAAGGUUUUGAGAGUGAUUUAUAUGUAAGCAAAGGUUUAACCAAUAUUGUUAAAGUAUUUUGAGAAUAUUGUUUUUAUUUUCCAUUUUUUUUCCCCCAAAAUAUAAAAAAUUUACAUUUGUUUAGGGAGAUGCAGUUUUACAAAUUGCAUUUGUUCAAAUCCCAUUUUUAUAGAUUUCACCUCUUACAGUUUAGGGUUGUCAAAACGCAACAUCUGGGAGAAAAAAAAAAUAUUUUGAAAAUAUUAUCUGAAAAAAAAAAACUCAAAAA